AUGAGUUUGGUCAACUCAGUCGACACACAGCAAUCGUCCUCGAUGGAUUAUCCGUUGGAUUUUCUCAGUGAGAAUGGAACCGAUUGGCCGGAAUUGUCGACUCCGCCAACUUCCUGGUAUCGUUACAAUGUGUGGGUAAGUGGAGCUCUUUGCACAGCCUACGGCCUCGUCUUCUGCGCCGGCCUAAUAGGCAAUCUUCUGGUGGCUGUCGUCGUCCUUCGUGGAAGCCGAACAAUGCGGAGAUGUGUCACUAAUUUGUUCCUAGUCAAUUUGGCCUUUGCCGAUUUAUUGGUGGUCCUCGCCUGUUUGCCGUUCACUCUCGUCGCUCACCUGAUCUACCGUAAGUGAGAGAUACAAGAUACUUUUUCUUCCGUGGGGCUGUCUAACAAUGACAACACGCUAGCAAAACGGGAAGAAUCGAUCCGAACCCCUUUGGGCGUUCAAUUCCAACUAGAAACUUUACGGAGAGUGAACAUUCUGUCUGCUAAGAAAAAGUCCCAUCUCCCAUCAAAAAGAAACAGCUAGAGCGAAGGGGAAAAGAUGAGAAUAAAC